CGAAUAAAAAAAAUAUCUUCCCACACGACAAAGGGUUUCGACUUUCAUCUUCAAAAGUCAACGAACUAAUAAAAAUCCCGACAAAGAUCUUUCCUUUUUAACUUCUAACUUCGUUGUAAUUCUCUGAAGAACUCUCAGCUUCUUCGAUUCGCUGAGACUUGAGAGGAUGCAGCAGUGAAGAGAAUCUCAUCUCAAUUACAAGAACCAAAAAACGGACUCUAUGGCUGCUGCUGAUACAACAGCCUUAAGUUACUGGUUGAACUGGAGGGUCCUCCUCUGUGCAUUAAUCAUCUUAGCUCCGUUAGUGUUAGCAGCGAUUCUGAUCCGGAGAUACGAAGGCAAGAGUAGAGAACGAGAUUCCCCCGGGACACUGUUCAAAGACGAAGCUUGGAGCACGUGUCUUAAAACAGUCCACCCUCGUUGGCUGCUUGCCUUUAGAGUAUUCUCGUUUGUUGCAAUGCUGUCUCUGCUCAUUGCCAAUGUUGUUAUCCAUGGAGGCGGCGUGUUUUACUUCUAUACUCAGUGGACGUUUACUCUUGUCACACUCUACUUUGGGUAUGGUUCGUUGUUAUCUAUUUACGGAUGUUACUUCUACAAUGAAGAAGAGAGUUAUACUUAUACAAGUAUAGAUGAUGCAGAACAAGGCACUUAUAGACCACCGUUCACCCUUGAAGAGGCAACAAACAACUCAAAACCUUGUAGUACACAUUCAGAAGCAGCGGGGUUUUGGGUUUACAUCUUUCAAGUCCUGUUCCAAACUUGUGCUGGGGCUGUUGUGCUAACAGAUAUUGUGUUUUGGGGAUUAAUCUACCCGUUUACCAAAGGUUACAGACUCAGUUUUCUCCAUGUUUGUAUGCAUUCUCUCAACGCAGUUUUUCUCCUCGGUGACACAUGUCUCAACUCUUUGCGGUUCCCGCUGUUUAGGAUCUCUUACUUUGCAUUUUGGAGCUGCAUUUUCGUCGCUUACCAAUGGAUAAUCCAUGCUUUCAUGAACUUACGGUGGCCAUACCAAUUUCUUGAUCUGUCGUCACCGUAUGCACCCUUAUGGGAUGCAUAUACCGUGCUUCGCGGUCUUCGCUUUGAUCAUAAAGCUGAAGAACUCUUUGCUAGAGCGUCACAGCUCGUGAUAGGUUUGGGUUCCCUCUUCUAUCUGUUGAGACACAUGAGGACUCCAUGGCCAAAUUCAAACACAAAGUCAGAGAAAUUCAUACCAGAAGAUAGAGUAAGCCCAAGAAAAAUGGCUAGGAAGAAGAUCAGAGAGUAUGACUCAAAGAGAUUGGUUAAGGAACAUUUCAAAAGACUUUCUGGCAAUGAGCUUCCUAUCAGAUCUGUUCAGAUAAACCAAACAACUGAUCUAAAUGAGCUAGUAGAGAAAGAACCUUGGCUCUCGUCCGAGAAGCUGGUUGUGAAACCUGACAUGUUGUUUGGAAAACGUGGCAAGAGUGGUCUGGUUGCCUUGAAACUAGAUUUUGCUGAAGUUGCCACUUUUGUCAAAGAGCGUUUGGGCAAAGAGGUAGAGAUGAGUGGAUGCAUUGGACCCAUAACAACAUUUAUAGUCGAACCAUUCGUCCCACACAAUGAAGAGUUUUAUCUUAACGUUGUCUCGGAUCGCCUUGGCUGCAGCAUCAGCUUUUCAGAAUGUGGAGGGAUUGAGAUCGAGGAGAAUUGGGACAAGGUGAAGACGAUAUUUAUACAAACUGGUGCUUCUCUAACACCUGAAGUAGGUGCACCUCUUGUGGCAACUCUUCCACUAGAGAUCAAAGCAGAGAUUGAAGAGUUCAUCAAAGUCAUUUUCACCCUAUUCCAAGAUCUUGAUUUUACUUUCUUGGAGAUGAAUCCUUUUACACUAGUUGAUGGAAAGCCUUACCCUCUUGAUAUGAGGGGUGAGCUUGACGAUACUGCCGCCUUCAAGAACUUCAAGAAAUGGGGAGACACUGAGUUUCCUAUGCCAUUUGGGAGAGUAAUGAGUCCCACUGAAAGCUUCAUCCAUGGAUUAGAUGAGAAGACAAGUGCGUCCUUGAAGUUUACAGUUCUGAAUCCCAAGGGGAGGAUUUGGACAAUGGUAGCUGGAGGAGGAGCAAGUGUCAUCUAUGCUGAUACCGUUGGAGAUCUUGGUUACGCAUCUGAACUUGGCAACUAUGCUGAAUACAGUGGAGCACCCAAAGAAGAUGAGGUUUUGCAGUACGCUAGAGUUGUUAUUGAUUGUGCUACAGCAAACCCUGAUGGAAAGAGCAGAGUUCUUGUGAUUGGAGGUGGAAUUGCUAACUUCACUGAUGUUGCUGCUACUUUCAAUGGUAUAAUCCGCGCUCUCAAAGAGAAGGAGGCAAAGCUGAAAGCAGCAAGGAUGCAUAUAUAUGUGAGGAGAGGAGGACCAAACUACCAAAAGGGACUUGCUAAAAUGAGAUCCCUUGGAGGUGAGAUUGGUGUCCCCAUUGAGGUCUAUGGUCCAGAAGCAACCAUGACAGGUAUCUGCAAGGAGGCAAUCCAGUACAUCACUGCCGCAGCAUAAGCUUCUCUCUCAGUACCUUCAGAUCCAUAUGUAUUACCAAAAUCGCAUGUUUCUUUAGAGACUCUAUCUACUUUGUAUUCAAGUCUUCAAGAUCACUUAAGCUACUGAACUACUUGCAAAUUUUUUGAAAACUCUUGUGGUUCGUUUCUCUUUCAGAUACAAGUCCUUUGAAUUA